CGGAGCGCGCGAUCAGAGGAAGAGUGUCGGAGCGCGCAAGGGCGCAUAGGGGCCGCGGGACACACUGUGCGCCUCGCAAAACAACCCUGAUUUCUACUGGAAGAAGAGAAAGAGGGAGAGAGAGAGAGAGAGAGAGAGAGAGAGAGAGCGCACACGCAGACGUGAUACGGGACGAGUUGUUGAGCGGAAACUCAACUCUGCGCUCUGUUUCUGCUCGCGCUUCACCUCCAGAAGGAGAGAUGUUCUUUCCUCUCGCGCACAUUCUCCUGCUUGUCCUCCUCCUUACAGGAUUCGGGUCCUGCGCUGUGUUCAUCCAGCAGCCUCACGACAUGGUUGUGGUGGCAGGGCAGCCUGUGACGCUACCGUGUGCCAUCACCGGAUAUCACGGCAUGGUCCUGUGGGUCAAAGAUGGCCUGGCUCUGGGGGUGAACCGGGACAUGUCAGGUUAUCCACGCUACGACGUAGUGGGCGAUCACAGCAAAGGCGAGUACCAUCUUCUAAUCCAGAGGACAGAGCUUGCUGAUGAUGGAAGCUUUGAGUGUCAGGGCAUCCAGGUUGGCAUCAGGUCACGACCUGCUCGCCUCACAGUUCUAGUUCCUCCAGACGACCCUGUGAUCAUCGGAGCACCGGUGGUGAGUCUGAGAGCCGGUGACCCGCUCAACCUGACCUGCUACGCUGACAACGCCAAGCCGGCAGCCUCCAUCAUCUGGAUCCGUAACGGAGAGGUGCUCAAUGGUGCCAUGUACUCCAAGACGCUGUUGCGUGACGGUCACAGAGAGAGCAUCGUCAGCACGCUGUACGUCUCAGCGUCCAACAUCGAGAGCGGCCAGCGCAUCACUUGCCGAGCGUCCAACAAAGCAGCACCUAACGGCAAAGAGGCCACAGUCACCAUCGACAUCCAGCAUCUUCCUCUGGUGAACCUCUCUGUUGAGCCGCAGCCGGUUCUGGAAGGAAAUCCGGUCAAGUUUCAUUGCUCAGCCAAAGCCAACCCGCCUGUCACUCAGUACAGAUGGGCUAAAGGCGGCACACUGAUCCGGGACGCCGUCGGAGAGACGUACGAGGUGGCCGUGGAUCACUCGUUCUUCAACGAGCCAGUUUCCUGUGAGGUCACCAACGCGCUCGGGAGCACCAACAUCAGCCGCAACGUCGACGUCUACUUCGGGCCUCGUCUGGCAUCCGAACCUCAGUCUCUGCAGGUGGAUUUGGGCUCGGACGCCGUCUUUAACUGCGCCUGGAUGGGAAAUCCCUCGCUCACCAUCGUGUGGAUGAAACGUGGCCACGGCGUGGUGCUUAGCAACGAGAACACGCUGACGUUGAGGGCAGUGAAACAGGAGGACGCUGGGAAGUACGUCUGCCGGGCCGUGGUUCCUCGAGUCGGAGUCGGGGAGAAGGUGGUGAUUCUGACCGUCAACGGCCCUCCCACUAUCUCCAGCACCCAGACGCAGCAGGCUCUGUACGGAGAGAAAGGACAGAUCAAGUGCUUCAUCCGCAGCACUCCUCCUCCGGAUCGCAUCGCCUGGUCGUGGAAGGAGACAGUGCUGGAGUCUGGAACGUCGGGGAGAUACACGGUGGAGACGGUGAGCACGGAGGAAGGCGUCAUCUCCACUCUGACCAUGAGCAACAUCGUCCCCGCCGACUUCCAGACCAUUUACAACUGCACGGCCUGGAACAGCUUCGGCUCCGACACCGAGAUCAUUCGGCUCAAGGAGCAAGGGUCCCUGCGCUUGGCCGUCAUCAUCGGGGUCGCGGUGGGAGCUUUCCUGGCGCUCAUCGUGCUCAUGGGGACCCUGGGGGCUUUCUGCUGCGCUCGCCUGCAGAGGAGUCUCAAAGGGGUCGUCUCGGCAAAAAAUGACAUCCGGGUGGAGAUCGUUCACAAGGAUCAUAACGCGGCGAGGGAGACGGAGGAGCACACGGGCGUGAAGCAGAUGAUGAUGGAGCGUGGGGAGUUCCAGCAGGAGUCUGUGUUGAAGCAGCUGGAGGUUCUACAGGAAGAAGAGGAGGAGUUCCAGCACAUUAAGGACCCGACCAAUGGUUACUACAGCGUGAACACCUUCAAGGAGCACAAUGCCACGACGUCAGCCGAAGUUCGCAACCCGUCUGGAGCGGCGACUCUGGGGAAACAGAGAGUUCCCACAGGCAUGUCCUUCACUAACAUCUACUCCACGCUGGGAGCGGCGCCCAACCACCGGCUGUACGACUACGGUGGCCGCUUCGUGCUGGCCAUGGGCUCCAGCUCCAUCGAGCUGUGCGAGCGUGAACUCAGCGAUUCCGGAUCCUUCCAGGACGCCCCAUGCGACAGCAGCGCCAGCAGUUACUUCGACAAAGCGAGCAAGGCCUCGGCUUCGUCCUCGACGCACCACUCGCAGUCGUCAUCGCAGAACUCGGACCUGACGCGCCCACUGCAGAAGCGAAUGCUCACCCACGUCUGAGGAUUGACUCGCACGGUCCACUAGAAACCUUUCAGAUGUUCGACGCUCUUUUGCUUGGACGCCGUACAACACGUGUAUAUUUUCUAACAAACGUUUUUUGGGGGGGUUUUGUACGUUUUACCGAUCCGCUCGUUUCACGGUGACACACUGAGCAACGUUCUCAUUGUUUCAUGACAAUCAGGAUUCCGUUAAACGUUUUUUUUUUCUUCUUCGGGGAUCCGGAACGUUCCAUGACAAUCAGGACGCAUUCGUCUUUUUGUAUGCUGUUUAUUUUCUUCCAGUAGUUUUCUCCUGCAUUUCCUGAAUAUACGAGAAUCACCUGUCAGGGAUCGAUUACUGUCGAGCUGAGUGAUUGACAGGGGAGAAAGCGUGUAUGCCCCGCCCACCCAGACACACGGACAUCGUCAGGAUUUAAACCGGAAACGAGUAGCAGGAUCGUAGCCACGGUUCUCUUAAGGAUUCGCCCCUGAAAUGAGUUGAUUAUUGUAUAUUCUCUUCUCUCUUUAGGUUCUUCAGCGCAACUUUUAUUGCAGAUGCAGAUCAUGUGAUGUUUACAUAUCUGGGUUGGGGACAAAGGAAAGGACGGUGUGUGAAAUCUAAUCCUACUCAAUGUGAACUUUCUUAACUGACCUCAAGCGUUUAAUCCAAGUGUGUAUUUUUUUUUUUAAAGAUGACAGUGUGUUGUUUACAUUCGAGCUUGUAAAUCCCGCCUUCCUGUGCGAGUCUACUGUUGUCAGCUUGAUGGAUUGAUGGGAUUCUUUUCUUCUUCUUCCUCCUACUUUUUUUUUUUUAUAUAUAAAUAUAUCUUCACGGGAUAUGAGACGGACGUGUGUUUUUAUGGCCGCUGUUUUAAGCGAGCCCGUCACCGUGUCAUGCCGUUCGCUUGGAGCAUCAAGUGCCUCCUUUUGGCAGCCUCUAGGCGAAUAUUUGUAAUUUAAAAAAAAACAAUUACAGCGUGUAAGA